AUGCUGUGCCCGCACGAGAUGCUCCACGGGAAGCCCCUUCUAUUUCAUCCUCUGCCCUUCCUCAUGCCGGGUAUCGACAACGCGCGUGUCUCCGCCAAGAUCGCGCCGAAGGGCGGUCGGUGUUUUUACCUCAACCCUGGCGACUUCGUCUCCCACGACUGCUACAAGGUCAUUUUCCCCGCCGGCGCCGCGGGGUUGUUUGGGGUUACCGCCGCCAGCCGUUCGUCGGUCUCGUGCCCACGCACAAACAGGGGUGCCGUUUCUGCACCGGCGGCGGCGGCGACAGAGGCACCGGCGCCUUCGAUCCUCGCGGCAGCGGCAGAAGUAAGAGCACCGGCGGCGGCGACGACGACAGCUGCAGGAGCGCCGGCGGCAGUGCGGACGGCUUCGGCCAGAGCCACACCGGCGAUCACGACAGCAGCCGGAGGCGCGCCGGCGGCAGUGCGGACAGCUCCGGCCAGAACCCCGUCGACGGCAGCAAUACCACCGGAAGCAGUGGCGGCGGCGGCGGUAUCGAUGGCGGGGGGAACGACAGCAGAGGCAGCAGCAGCGUCGUCCUCGGUCGCCGCGUUGGCGCCGGGCACUCAGACGGACGCAGCGACGAUGGCGGCGGCGGCGGCGGGGAGGGGAACGGCAGCAGCAGGAGCAGCAGCGUUGUCCCCGGUCGCCGCGCUGGCAUCGGAAGGAGUGGCGGCGGUGCGACGGCCAGAGCGCCGUCCCCGACAGCAGCAUCGGCGGUGGCGGCAUCGGUGCCGGGGGAACAGCAGCGGCAGCAGCAGCUGCGGCGUCUGCGGUCGCCGCAUUGGCGUUGGAUGUCCAGACGGCCGCAGCGGCGACGGCGUCGACAUCGGUGACGGGGGUAACGACAGCGGCGACAGCAGCAGCGGCAUCCCCGGUCGCCGCGUUGGCGUCGAGUGUCCAGACAGCCGCAGGGGUGGCGGCGGCGGCACCGGUGACGGAGGAACGGGAGUGGAAGCUCUGGCGGCGGCAACGACGGCGGCCGCAGUAGCGACGGGAGUGGCGGCUUCGGCCAGAGCUCCUGCGGCGACACCGGCGGCAGCAGGAGCAGCGACGGGAGUGGUGGCUUCGGCCAGAGCUCGGACGGCAGCAGCAGACGGCAGCGGCGGCUUCGGCCAGAGCCCCGUCGGCGGCNUGGGGUGGCGUCCUUCGAUAGGGGCAGGAACGGGAGUGGAAGCUCUGGCGGCGGCAACGACGGCGGCCGCAGUAGCGACGGGAGUGGCGGCUUCGGCCAGAGCUCCUGCGGCGACACCGGCGGCAGCAGGAGCAGCGACGGGAGUGGUGGCUUCGGCCAGAGCUCGGACGGCAGCAGCAGACGGCAGCGGCGGCUUCGGCCAGAGCCCCGUCGGCGGCAGCGGCGACAACGGCGGCGGGGGUAGAGGCGGCAGCAGCGACGUCACCGGCAGCCGUGUUGGCGCUGGAACUCAUGACAGUUGUGGCGGCGGGGGAAGUGCAACGGCGGCGAUGGCAGCGGCGGCAGCAGCAGUGGCGCCCUCGAGUCGACCGGGAACGGGUAGGACACGGUGACAGCGACGACCUCACGUUGUUACAGCCAAGUGGGAGAACAUGUGAAACGUUGGCAAGUUUGUGCGGUUUUGUGAGCGGGCAUGGACGUUUUAGCUUCGCCAUUUGGCUUCGCCUUUUUUUUUUAGUUCUGUUUUUCCCUUGUUAGCGAACCGUGCACUUUGAUCCAGAAAACACGUGUGUGCCACGGCGUGCGCGUAGUGUUUCUUUUUUUUUGUACUUGUUUUCAUGAUAAUUAUAUUAGCUCGGGGUGAAUUUUUGGAGCUGACAGCAGGGGGGCUGUUCGC